AGCGGUGCCGGCUGGGCCACCAAUCCGGAUGCGGCGCGGAGAUGACCCAAAGAGAAGGCGCGCGCUGUGAUUGGCUGGAGAAGCCCGGAUGCUGAGGAGAGUGACAAAAUGACAGAAGAGAACAUGGCAUCUAAUGAUCUGUCAGCACUGAUGGAUGAGUUGGAGGAGGUCGGCACAGAAUUACAGGCCAUCGAGAUGCAGAUUCAGGAGCUGGUGGAUAGGCAGCAGGAACUAAUGCAGAGGAAGAAAAUUCUGAAGAGGAAGAUCGAGACGCUAUCGGAGGAUGCUGAGGCCGGGGCCAGCACUCAGUCUACAGACAAUUGGAACAAAGAAGACUUUGCCUGGUCACAGAACAUUAGGGGGGAGCUGCGCAAUUCUUUCCAGUUGGAUACCUUCCGGAACUUACAAUUGGAAACCAUAAACGCCACAAUGGCCGGGAAAGACGUUUUCCUCAUCAUGCCAACCGGAGGUGGAAAGAGUUUGUGCUACCAACUACCGGCUGUGUGCUCAAAAGGUUUCACCCUGGUGAUUUGUCCACUUUUGUCCCUGAUGGAAGAUCAGCUGAUGGUAGUGGAGCGACUGGGGAUCUCUGGCACCUCUCUGAACUCAGCAAGCAGUAAGGAACACGUGAAGUGGGUGCACAGCGAGAUGAUUAACCGCAAUUCAAAAUUGAAAAUCCUGUACGUUACACCAGAGAAAAUUGCCAAGAGCAAACUUUUCAUGUCGCGGCUGGAGAAGGCCUAUCAAGCGGGGCAGCUGGCAAGGAUUGCGGUGGACGAGGUUCAUUGCUGCAGCCAGUGGGGACACGACUUCCGGCCAGACUACAAGCUGCUGGGUAUCCUAAAACGCCAGUUUCCCAACGCCCCUCUGAUUGGUCUGACUGCAACGGCAACCAGCCAUGUCUUAAAGGAUGCCCAGAAAAUUCUCUGUGUUCAGAAGUCGAUCACCUUUACUGCCUCUUUUAAUAGACCCAACUUGUUCUAUGAGGUUCGGCUGAAGCCUUCAAGCACCAAUGACUUUAUAGAGGACAUUGUCAAACUGGUUAACUGCCGAUACAAAGGACAAUCCGGCGUUAUAUACUGUUUUUCUCAGAAAGAUUGCGAACACGUCACUAUAAGUUUACAAAAACUGGGAAUUCGAGCAGGAACAUACCAUGCCAACAUGGAACCACGUGACAAGACGAAAGUCCACACUUGCUGGACUGAGAAUAAGAUUCAGGUGGUUGUGGCCACAGUGGCUUUCGGGAUGGGGAUUGAUAAGCCAAAUGUGCGGUUUGUCAUUCAUCACUCGAUGAGUAAAUCAAUGGAAAAUUAUUACCAGGAGAGUGGACGAGCAGGUCGGGAUGACAGUCGAGCCGACUGUAUAUUAUAUUAUGGGUUUGGUGACAUUUUCCGAAUCAGUACAAUGGUUGUUAUGGAGAACGUUGGUCAGCAGAAGCUCUAUGAGAUGGUUCAGUACUGCCAGGACCUUACUAGGUGCAGACGUGUCCAGAUCGCUCAACACUUUGAUGAAGUCUGGGACUCUGCACAAUGCAAUAAGAUGUGUGAUAACUGCAAUUCCAGCAAGACUUAUGACCAUGUGGACGUGAUGGAUUACUGCAGAGACAUCCUGAAGAUCUUGGAACAAGCCGAUCAGAUGGAUGAGAAGCUCACCCCACUGAAGCUUAUCGACGCCUGGAUGGGGAAAGGAGUUACCAAACUGCGUGUCUCUCAAGUCCUCCCCCCGCGGCUCCCACGUAUAGAAUUGGAGAGGAUCAUCGCCCACCUCCUGCUGCAGAAAUAUAUAAGGGAAGACUUCAGCUUCACAGCGUACGCCACCAUAUCCUACAUAAAGACAGGACCCAAAGCGAACCUGCUUAGAAAUGAAAAGCAUUCCAUCACCCUACAGAUGAGGACCUCAAUCAAGAUAAAAUCUCCUCCAUCCUCCUCACAGAUAAAAUCUCCUCCAUCAUCCUCACAGAUAAAAUCUUCUCCAUCCUCCUCAAAGAUAAAAUCUUCUCCAUCCUCCUUACAGAUAAAAUCUUCUCCUUCAUCCAAAAAACCCAUCAAGAGUUCACCAGAGUCCUCCAAGUCCUGGUCUAAAAAGGGGAGCUCUGAACACAAAAGGCCAAAUACUGGGGACAGCCCAGUCACCAAGAAGGUCAAAUUAAUCAAAGAGGAGUCUAUUGUCAUUGACUGAGAUCUUCGCUUAAAGAGAAUCGGCCAUCUGCGAUUAAAAUUGCGGGCACUCUGCAGGAGAUUUCCUAGAACAAGUGCAGGCAGUCUGUGCUUCAUAUCAGCUGUUACAAGAGUCAAGGCAUAAAGGAUAAAGGAUUUAUUUCCCCCGGGAGGAGGAAAACCAGUUGAGAUUAAUGCUGGCCAUACACUAUACAAAAAUCGUUCGAAAUUCGCUCAUUUGGCCAGUUCGUUCGUUUUUCGGACAGUUAAUUGGCACAAAAUCGAAAAUCGUUGGGGCACUUUUGAGCCAAAUAAACGAAGGACAAAUUUGGAUAAAUUGAAAGGUUAAUGUGCUUCCCAUUCGAACUGUUUGCACUAGGUAUAUGUAAAAAAACGAACAAAAAAUAUAUCCAUUUAUGUCUACUGAACGAUUUAUCGGUCAUUACAUGAUGGCACCAUUGUUUACGCUUGCGUCCGAAUGUUCGUUUUUUUUGAAAAUGGGUUUGGCUGAUUUUACUUGUAGUGUAUGGCCAGCAUUAAUCUCAGAAUUCUGUUGCUUAUUCUUUCCUCAAUAUUCCACAGAUUUCCUUUUAUAUGCUGUGGCCCGAAGUUCACCAGGCUUCACUUAUAAAAGCCUCCAUUUCUAUUUCUUUUAUUAUAGGAAAGUCAUCUGUCAUUUCCAAGUCUCAGACUUUUUCUAAUUUGGCAGGAUGUGGGUGAGGCUAAUUUGAUGGUACUGCAGCAGGUUUUUGAAAAAUGAUCUGUAGUGAAUCAAUGUAGCAGAUUCAUGAAUAAUCACCGAAAAAUUAUUUGACAGCCAUUUGACUCUGUUUUUCGAAGAAAUGAGGAUGCAAAGCUCAGGAGACCUUUUGUGUGUGUUUUUUUUGUUUUUUGUCUUUUAUUUUUUUUUUUGUGUUUUUUAUUUCUGUGUUGAGUGUUAAAAAAACAUUUCAGCAUUAAUACAAACAUUUUCCAAAUACUUCACAUUG